CUCUCUCUUUUCCUCCUAGGUGGAAGUGGAGGUGGAGAGCAUGGAUAAAGCAGGAAACUUUAUUGGCUGGCUUCACAUUGAGGGUGUGAAUUUGUCCGUCGCUCUGGUGGAGAACGCCCUGUCCAAGGUCCACUUUACUGCAGAGAGAAGCUCCUACUACAAGUCUCUCUUGUCUGUGGAGGAAACCGCCAGACAGAGAAAAGAGAAGCUCUGGGCCAAUUAUGAAGAGAAACCAAAAGAAGAGGUGGCUCAGCUCACAGAGCAGAAGGAACGUGUGGCGAAAUACAAAGCUGUCUAUGUCACCGAGAUCACAGAUGGACUGCACUUCUACGCGCAGGAUGUGGAAACG